GCCAGCUGUGCGCAGUGGGUUUAUGUCAUGUGGACCCCAUGAUUGAUCUUCCUGUAAUAAUUUUAUACUCAAACCUCAAUAAUGUCGGCGGCUUUCUCCGUCGCAUGACCAUUGAUUCUCAAACUUCUUUUUAGCUUCUUCUGUGUAACUCUCAAAGGGAAGCAACCUUGUUGAAAUAGUGAUCGUCUGAAAGUGCAGAAACGAUGAGUGUAAAUGGAUUACUAGUAUUGCCUGAUGAGAAGGGUAUUGGAUCACCUCAACGAUCCAACAGUGUUGAUAGUUUAAAGGUUGAAUCUCCGACGAGAAAAGGUUUUGGUUUGAAGAAAUGGAGAAGGAUCAGAAGAGAUGGUCCUGUGAAGGAGGAGGUUACUACACCUGGUGAUGAUGAUGGUAGUAAAUUGCUGAAGCGUGGGUUGACUGGUUUGGUGAAUCCUCCUUUGAAACAUGUGGACUUGUCUUCUGUUGAAGCAAGGCAGAGUAGUGAAGGCUCUGUUGGAUCUGUGAAUAUGGCGGUGCCUAAUCAUCAUCAUCUUCUUCCUGGUGUAGCAAAUGGGUUUAGUGUCGAUCCAGGUUUUAUGUUUAACGUAGGCCAAGGUUUUGAGAAGAGUGAAGAUCAUAGUGGUAACUCCGUAGCUGCAAAGAAUGUAGUAGUAGGAGGAGGGAAGAUUGUUUCAGGUAGUCAAGGGAAGAUCUGGAGAGAUACCAUCAAGAAUGCAAGCCAGAAGCCUUGUUCAAGCAUGGAUUCUGACUUGAGAAGUAGUGAUUUUGUGUUCUCGAGUGCUGCGAAGAUUCACGGAGAGAAUGAAGAGAGUAAGGAAGUCCAAACAUAUAGCAGAAACCAAAACGGGGAAGAAGAUGAAAAUGGAGAUGAUGGCUGUAAGAAAAACAACCAUUACUGCGCAGACAAGGAUCAAAUUGCAGAUUCUAUCAGAAGUCUUGCAGCUCUGCAUGAUGCUCUCUGCCAAGAGCUUAAAAGUUUUCAGGAGCUCGGUAAUGAAUCCAUACCACUACAUUCCAACAUCGAUGAAGUCAAUUCAUCAGACAAGCCAAGAAGUGAAAAUACUAGUGAAGAGAAGUCAACAUCAUCAGGAUCACAGGUACUGAUCUUGAAGCAGAAGAUAAAACAUCUCCAACACAAACUUGAGGAAGCCAGAGCUGAUCUAGACGCAAAGGAAGCCAGGAUCCAAGAACUUGAAUACUCAAAGAUUGAAUCUGAACUUGAAGGCAUUUUCCAGAGAAAGAUCGAAGCUGAAAUCCAUCACUUGGUGCUCACAAGAUCUCUGAGUUCACCACUACAACUACUCAAAGAACAACCGACCAAGAUACAUUCUCUGACAGAAGAUCCUGAACCAAACCGUGGAAACAUCUUGAGGAAAACAUGCAAGUCCAGUUUCUAUUUCUUGACACAGUUGAUCUUGCUCGUCUCCAUACUUCGGUUAUUGGUCCUCCAAUGCUCUCCUGCUUCACGUUUAGUUAUACCAACUUGAAAACAGUCUCUAGAUCUCAUUGUUCAUGUUGUGUUGCCAAACAUUUUUGAUUUCUUCAGAUUUUCAAUUAAGAAUCCACAACAGAUACUAUAUGAAACUGUGUCAAAAUACAC